AUCAAAGAAGUGCAGAUGACCGUAAGAGGUAAAACAAUGUGUCGAACGCACCAGCGUGACCGCACCUUUAUGUUGCAGGACAUUAAUCCGUCGGCGACCACAGCCUUUGGCCAGGAAUCGGCAUGGAUUUGGCUAGAGGGGCCUCAGCCCAAAUAGUCGAAACGCUACCACAUUGCCAAUACGACCUCGAGUACAAUGCGUGUUAUACGGCCGGUACAUAAAGCUAAGACUCUACAAGCACAGACUCGAGAAUUACUCAUGCAACAGGCUACUUAGGAGCUUCAAUUCCCUGGCUUGAUGAGUCAGGCGUCUAUUGCAUCAUCUACAUAGAUUAGAUUAGAUCGUCUAUGAUCGGUGCCGACCAUAUUUUUCCGGUUUUCCUUCAGUCCAGCUUCAGUCAGCAGUCACUUUUGUAUCAGCUUACUCCUUGUUGUAGCCCUACUUGAUAUCUUUUCCCUCCUUUGCGAUAGUGGACUCUUAUAUUAUGGAGUUUGUGCCAUCUGCACCGGUUCAUAGGGUCCUUUGUGCCGACUGUGGUACACCGAUCGUUCCCAAUUCUGCCAAUCUCUGUGUUGCGUGUCUGAGAAAUUCGGUGGAUAUUACGGAGGGUAUACCUAAGCAAGCAUCUGUUUCAUUUUGCAGGAAUUGCGAACGUUUCCUCUCACCACCGACUGCAUGGACGAUCGCUCAGCCAGAAUCUCAAGAACUACUUGCGAUCUGCCUCCGAAAACUAAAGGGACUUAACAAAGUCCGGCUUACCGAGGCACACUUCAUCUGGACAGAACCUCACUCAAAGCGACUCCGAGUAUCACUCACGAUCCAAAAGGAGGUUCUCACUUCGACUAUUCUCGAGCAAAUAUUCGAGAUCGAGUACCUCGUACAACAUGGACAGUGUCCAGACUGCACCAAACUUGCUGCUAAAAAUACAUGGAAAGCCCUUGUCCAAGUUCGACAGAAGGUUCCGCACAAGCGUACGUUCUUGUUUUUGGAACAGCUUAUCCUCAAGCACGGGGCGCAAAAGGAUACGAUUUCGGUGAAAGAAGUCAGGGACGGACUGGACUUCUUCUAUGCUCAACGAAGUCAUGCGCUUAAAAUGGUUGACUUCCUCGGUGGUGUUGUACCAAUACGAUCAAAAGCCUCAGAGCAAUUGCUAUCCUCGGACACACAUACGAACACUGCCAAUUUCAAAUAUACCUACUCCGUCGAGAUCAUUCCCCUUUGCAAAGAUGAUUUCACCUGUGUUCCCCCAAGGCUGGCACGCCAAUUAAGCAACAUUAAUCCUCUCACCUUAGUCUCCCGCGUCGGAAACUCCAUCCACCUGCUCGACCCAUCCACACUUCAAUCUGCCGAAAUCACAGCAGCGAUAUACUGGCGAACGCCUUUCGAAUCUCUCGCAAGUGUCUCCGACUUGGUGGAGUUUACCGUACUCGAUAUCGAGCCUUCCGGUAUGACAAAGGGUAAAUUCGUUCUCGCAGAUGCCCAAGUGGCUCUGUCGGGUGCGUUUAAAUCAACAGGGACACACGAAGACGACGGGAUGAUGGACUACGAAUCCUCAACCCUCACAAACCAAAUCUUCCACACCCGUACCCACCUAGGGGGUAUCCUCCAACCAGGAGACACCGCUCUGGGAUACUACAUCACUCAUAGCAACUUCAACUCUGAUGACUUCGCUGCUUUGCCGCAUCAUCGCGUUCCUGAUAUCAUCCUCGUGAAGAAAGCAUAUCCGAACAGGCGUAAGAAGAACAGGACGAGAGCUUGGAAAUUGCGUUCUAUUGGCAAGGAGGCAGGGGAGGAGGGCGAGACAGGCGGAGGAAGAGGUGUGGUGGGUCGUCUGGGCGGACGAGACCAGAAGAAAGUGGAAGAAGACUAUGAAUUGUUCUUGCGUGAUUUGGAGGAGGACGAGGAAAUGCGUGGAGCCGUCAACCUUUAUAGGGCUAAGAACGAUGCACCCGGUUCUGGAAGUGGGUUGGCUGGAGGGAAGACGAGAAGGAAAGGCCAAUUUGAUAUGGAGGUGGAUGAAACGCAACAGCGUGCUGCCGAGCCUGCUCAAGAUGGGACGGAGGAUACUGAGGAAGAGGAAGAAGCUGAUUUCCCGGAGAUCAAGUUGGAUGAGCUCUUGGAGGACUUUGACGAGAUGGCGAUUGCUGAUCGUGAAGAGUAAAUUUCGUGUCGGCACUGUAGAGCCUCGUGUACUUAUACUGUUGGGUACAUGCACUUGAAAGAUAAUCAUACGCCAAAAAAAAGGACUGUCACUUAUUGGAAUUGAUACACUGUGCUCUAAAGUACACUAGAUGAACAGAAUAUCAGGGAGUAGGGUAUACAAAGAUAAAAGCAAGACGAGUAUGCGACUGAGAAAGCAAAUGGAAAACACGAUAACACAAAGAUAGUAUACAAGUUUGCAGAGAUAACAGUAAGAUUAGUCCAGGGAUGAUUCCG